AUGUGUGGCAAUAUAGCCUGUGCCGUUAGUACAUUGGAUUCCGAAGACGACAUCCCCCUUAUUUGGAGAGCGGAGGCUCUAAGCAAGCUCGAAGGCCCGAAAGCUGGUCAUCCAGGGAAACAGCAGCGGCGAGAGAGACCAGUGAAAAAACCACUACAAGGAAUGCUAGGAGACAAUGUUGGCGAAUCCUGUGUGUUCGAAUAUGAUGAUGAAUGCGACGAGAGAGACUACUGUGUCCCUGAAGAUGAAGGGGCCACUGCGAAGGGCGACUAUGUUAGUUUAGUUGACAACCCUGAACGAUUCACUGGCUAUUCCGGCCGAGCGGCCUGGCAAGUCUGGGAUGCAAUUUACCGGGAAAAUUGCUUUCUUAAACCUGCUCAGCAAUCAUUCUCUCCACGAAACGGGUUGAAACCCCAGGGAUUUCAGGCCGCCCAGGAUUUUCGGAAUGUACUGGAGAAACAUGAAAGGGGAAAGGUCGUAAGCGCUGCCCUUCGCAAUGAAGGGUACCCAGUGGAUGAUGAGUGCUUAGAGAAGCGAGUCUUCUAUCGCUUGAUAAGCGGAAUGCACGCGUCGAUUUCAACCCACCUUUGCUGGGAUUAUUUCAAUCAGACCACAGGAGAGUGGUUGCCAAACCUACAGUGCUACAAGCAGAGGCUUCACAUACACCCGGAGCGCAUAUCCAAUCUUUAUUUCAACUUUGCCCUUUUAUCCCGUGCUGUAGCUAAGUUACAGUAUCACUUGCAAAAUUUCUCUUUUUGUGUCGGGGAUCCCGAACAAGACCACGAGACGAAACGGCGGGUCUCCCAGUUGACCAGUACUCUAGCAUCUGAGCCUCGGAUUUUUGAUGAAAGCAUCAUGUUUCAAGAUUACGGCGGAAUUGAUUUAAAAGAGGAUUUCCGUAAUCGAUUUCGAAACGUCAGCCGGCUCAUGGACUGCAUUGGCUGCGACAAGUGCCGACUUUGGGGAAAGCUCCAGACUGCUGGAUAUGGAGCAGCGCUGAAGGUUCUGUUCGAGUUUGAUGGAUCCGAGAGCAAAAGUGAUCCACUGCUUCGGAGAACAGAACUCGUUGCUUUGAUUAAUACGCUUGGGAGAGUCUCGCACAGCGUAUCGACGAUUCAAAAUUUCGAAAAGGCUUUAGCACUUGGGAGAGACGGAUUAGACAAACAGUCAGCCGUUCCCAUCCCCCCCCAACGGCGGGAAACGGGUCACCUUUUCGAAACCACUAAAUCUACAGGCGAGAAGAAAGAGGGUGAUCAUUCUUCUGCUGAUAGUUCACAUUCCCAACGAGAAAAUCCUAAAACUGGGAAAAGUAUAUCUGAAGAGAUUCGCGAUGAAUGGCAUCUCGUGUGGGAUACUUACGUCUAUGUGCUUCGGAGCUGGGCCAGCGUGCCGAGAGCGGGGUAUUAUCUCUUGACCACAGAGCUCAACCGCGCAUGGAAUUACUGGCUUGGGAAGCCUGUUCCUCCUCGGUCGUGGAAAAUCAUAUUCCCUAGCAGGGAUGAGUUAUAA